CACACACCACCAUAGUCCUGGGAACUUUCAAACAGGCUUGUGAGAAGCCCAGAAGAUUAUUUUGUGCUACCAAAAAUGAGAGUUGAGGAUCAUGUCUAUGUUCUCACAACAAUGCUGAUCAUCUUAAUAUGGUGUUUCUCUGUCAACUGGUUAAAACUCCAAGAAGCUGCCAAAACGGUUAUAUCUAUAGAUGCAAAUGUUCUUCUCUACGGCAUCAUGGGUGGCAUUAAGAAUAAUGCAGGACAAGGGCUGAACAUUGUGUUAGCAAACGGUGAAAGCGGUGAGGUUUUAAGAAAUAAGAACUUUAAUCUGGAAUCUAGAGAUCCAGAGGAAUUACUUGUCUAUCUAAAGACACUAAAACCAGGAAAUAUAGUGCGUGUGGCCUCACACAUCGACCCUACACCAAAGCUGACUGAUGAGAUUAGAGAAAUAUUCACUGCACUGGGCAGCACAGUGGUCAAAUCCCUGAAGCCCAGGGAUAGCUGGGUAUUCACAGGCGCCUAUGGAAUAAAUGAAGCUAGUCCUUUUGAAAAGUUAAUUCAAAAUGAUAUGAGGAGCAACGUGUAUGAAGACUGGCCAGAGAUGGGGGAGAUCAUUGGCUGCUUUCCCAGAAUAUCUGAGACUGAAUAAGCCACAGUAGCCAACCUCAUAUCACCACGUUUGGGACAUUUGAAAACAGGACAUUAACAACACAGUGGCUGUUUGCUAUCUUCCCUUUCUAAGCAAAUAAAAUUGACGGAAUAGUUUACUCUCGUAUUGCUCUAAAUCCAUGUGCAAAAUUUUGCAUAUAU